CUUAUGACAAGCAUAAAUACAAGACUAUGUUCCAUAUGUCAUACAAUUAAAAAAACAUAUUUUUCUUGCACUCCAACACUAUAUUUCCCAAGUCUCUGCACGACAUAAAAAUGCAAGGCUCACCUCCGGAACGAAUGACAAAAUUUCAUGCUCGCAACAAAAUGUCCAAGGAUGAGUGGUUGAUUUGUAUAGAGGAGGGUGAUGAAGAACCAACAAAGAAACAACGAAUAGCAAAGGUUCCAUCGAUGCUGCAAGAGGUCGAAUCCAACAAAAAAUGUUAUGAUCCUCUAGUAGUUUCAAUAGGCCCUUAUCAUCAUGGAAAGAAGGAGCUAGAAGCAGUGGAGCAGCUUAAAUUUAAAUUCGCAAAUCAAUUCCGCCUUGCCUGUGGUGAUCGAGUAUCGUCGAUGAAUCAGUUAUAUGAAGAGGUAGCGAAGGUGGUUCACUGUGCUCGAGAAUGCUACGAGGAAGACUCAACUACAAAAUAUGACGAUGAAUCGUUCACCAAAAUGAUGUUUCUUGAUGCCUGCUUUGUGCUUCAGUUUAUGUGCAUCUUAACAAAGGCAGAAACAAAAGAAGAAGAUCAACUACCCACAAUGAAGAGUUACCUCUGUGCUUUUGUGUGGAGGGACUUGUUCUUGUUAGAGAAUCAAAUUCCUUUACUAGUACUAAAAGUUUUGUUGAAAUUCAGGUUCAGAGGUGAUACAAAUUUGAUUAAGGAUUUCAUUAACCUUGCCACCAGCAUAAAGCCACCUGAAAAAUCUUCAUGCACUAAUUUGGUCAAGAAAUUUGUCAAUGAAUGCUGCCUUGGUGGUCAAACAAAUGACGAAAGAGAAUUACAAUUGGAUGGAAACCCUCACCUUCUAGACCUAAUGCGGACACAUCUCAUUGGGCCACCUAACUUUGAGGACAUAAUCAUAAAGAAAUCAGAUCAAUGGAAUUCCUAUCGUUCAGUAACAGAGCUCGAAGAAGCGGGAAUUCAUUUCAAAGCAAGUAAAACUCAUUGUGUUACUGAUGUAACGUUCAAAGAUCACCUUGUUUAUGGAACUAUGAUGCUCCCUCCUUUGGUGGUUGAUGAUACAACAAAACCUCUGCUAUUAAACUUAGUGGCUUAUGAAAUGAGUCCUAAUGGCCCUCAUGAUUCUCUCAUUACGUCAUACGUUUGGCUAAUGGAUUCACUCAUUGAUCAUGCCAAUGAUGUUAAAGAGCUCCGAAAGAAGGGAAUUCUCAACAACAAUCUAGGCAGUGACGAACACUUGGCCACACUCUUUAACGAGAUAGCUAAUGGUUUGGUACCUGAUCCUUCUGCAUAUGCACUUGCUAAGUGCCAGAUUGAAACGCACUGCAAGAACAAAUGCCGAUUUUGGAUAGCUGAAUGGAUGCACAAACAUUUCAGCAGUCCUUGGACCGUCCUUGCCUUUCUAGCUGCAAUUUUUGCCCUUGCCCUUAGUACGGGGCAAACAUAUUUUUCUGUUUUUCCACGAUCCUAAAGAGACGAGCAUCUCCUACAAGGAAAAGCUCUUCAUUUGUAAAAGUUCAUUUUUUUUACUGUUUGUUUGGAUUUUGUUGUGUACUUCAUCAAUUCCUUGUAUGUUGGUGUACUGUAUAACAUCUACUUGAAGAUAUUUAACAAAAUAUUGAGAAGAAAAAUCCCUUCCCUCGUGUAAAUUUCCUAAAACGACCAUUUUCUAUAAUUUUCAUCUUGUGGAAAUUAUAUGUUAGGGGACCAGAUUUUGGAUCAUUUUCCAUUUUUUUUCUAGUUGAACCGACAUGCCCAAUUCAAUUCUGGGGUAAGAAUUAUUCUACUCAAAUAGGGCUACAUAGGCCCUGUUUUUUUCUAGGGGGACGAUAGGCACCCUGCCAAUAGGGAGAGAGGGGGCACAUAUGUCUGUUUGAGAAGCAGAACCCCUAGGGUAAAGAUGAUUAAUCCUCUUGCCAUUUUUUGGGGAGAGAAAUCUUGGUUUAGCGUAACUAGAAUGUAUUUACACAUGGCGGAAUUAGUAUGGCUGUGUAACGAGUUUUAGAAAACUAAAGAAGUUUAGAUGAUUGAGUCUUGAAAAAGAAAAUAUAUACAUUUUACAAGCCAAUUUUCAGUUAUUACUACAUUAAAAAGAAAAUAUUCUAUGACUGCAACUAAUUUUUGUGUGAUAUUGCUCAUUGUCUUGCCAUUUAUUGCUAUAAUCAUGAAAAUCUUAUUAUGAAAAUGGAGAAAAAGGAAAAAUUACCACAAUGCCACAACCCUCCACCCCUGAACUAGUUGACAUUUGUUGGUGCUCUGGGCCGAUACUUAAUUUGUUAAUUUGUUGCUAUUGGUUCUAGCAGACAGAGCUAUGGCUGCUGCCUUGGAAAGUACAACAACUGAAAUACUCACUUUGGCUCACACACAAGUCUCAAAUCAAAUUAUUGGCUUGAAUGCUGAACAUUGCUUCAAUCUUGGCAUAGAUAGAAAUCUUUUAGAUUGAUAUGGCUUAGAUGGCCAUAUCUGCCUAGCAUGUGCGAUUGAUCAAAAUAAAUAAAUUGGAAUGAUCAAGGGAAUAAAGUAGUGACUUAUUCUGCGCUAUAUCGUAUUAAUCUAUUCAUGGCUUCAAGGGCACAACUGUUCAUAGAAGGUGAACUUCAGUGUACCAACACGAGAUAUAUGAAGAUGUGAAUAGGCCUUCUUGAGUUACAAAAGCAUUCUGAAGCAAGAAAACUAGCGAAUGCAAGUUUGAGCCUUCACGUAAGGAGAAAUAGCGACGGCUAAUGAUAAAACAGACAAGGCAGUCGAAAACUAUAGUUUUUUAAAGUUCUUUUAUUGUUCUAUUCACUAUAAGUCACCUAAAAGGGAUUCAUAUUUAAGUUAACUUUCCUCACUAAGCAAGACGCAAACUUCUUUGAACCUAUACAAAGUUUUGAAAUAGCCUAAAAAAAUUGCAGCCUUCAUUGCCACAUUAUCCGACAUUUUAAGGCAAUUCUACACAGGUUUAGGAGUUCAAAAGCAGCACUAAUUCCACCUAGGAUGGAUUCUAACAUGCAAAAGAGUAACAGUAUGUUUGGUAUGAGUACAAAGAAAGUAAAACAAAGUUAAAAAAAUCCUAGAUGAUGAUGAAUAUUGUUGGGCUAUAUGACGUGACCAUAUUAACACCUACCACUAUAAUCUAACUAUGAUAAUAUGCUCACAAACCACUGUCCGUUUUAUGCCACAAAAAAAAAAAA